GCUUCUGCAUCUGCACUGUCUGCAGAAAAUAUUUGUGUAUCCUCGAGGUUUCACAGGUUGGGAAAAUGGUGAUAGACCAAGUUCACGGUCUCCAGGCCACGGGUAUGAGCCUAAACGAACGGUUCACCAUGUUCGCGACAGCACCGGCGCCGGCGCGGCCUCGCACGCCGCGGCGGAGGCCUUCCACCGGCGGCUUCUAUAGUGAUAACAUGAACAGGAACUUGAUUGAACAGAUCGCCCGCCGUUUGGAGCAACAGACUAAACGGCAAACCCUCCGCCAGAGGCUUGGUAUCGGCGCUGGGGGCCUGCGACGUUUUGGUAGUGAGAGUAGCUUGGCGGGACUCCGGCGCUCCAACAGCUUCGGUGAUCUGAGCCAGAGAGGAAUCAAGAGCAGGAUCUCGUGGCGACAAUCCAAUGGCAACCUCAAUCGCUCGGCGUCUUUUGGCAACUUGUCCGCCGGAGUGUGGCGCGGCCGCGGUCGCGGGCUGCGCGGGCUGCGGCGGCGCGUUGGCAUCCGGGUGCUGCGCGGACGGAUCAGAGGCGGUAUGAACUUGUUUGGUCGCAUAAAUCGCAUCGGAAGCAGACCGCUGCGCGGACGUGGUGUUGGGAGAGGGGGCGCGGCAGGCGCGCAGGGGGCGGGGCGUGGCGCACGGCGGGGGGCGGGGCGGGGAGGGGGCGGAGCGGGACGAGGAGGGGGCGGAGCGGGGCGAGGAGGGGGACGGGGCCUCACGCGCGGCGCGGCGAGGGGCCGCGGACGAGGUGGCAUAUCCCGGCAGACGGUUAAACCCGUCCCUACGAAAGAGCAGCUGGACCUGCAGCUGGACCAGUACAUGGCCGGCACUAAGUCUGCCCUCGACAAGGAGCUCGACUCAUACAUGAAGAACGCUAUGGAACUAGAGUGAAGUGAUAGUGAAAAACAUAGAUUACAAUGACUUAUUGACUAGUCGCUGGCCCAAUAUUACAGGGUUCUAUGUUUCACUUUUAUCGAACUGAAAUUUGAACUUUAUCAUAGUGACAUUAAGUCGAACUAUCUCGAAAAUGUAAAAACCCUGUAAUAUUGCGGCAGCGUAGUGACUCUGUGAACCUCACGUAACCUCAUAUCGGUGGCAAAUAAGCAUACGACCUGUCUGAUGGUUAUCGGUCAUCGUAGCCUAUGGACGCCUGCAACUCAAGGGGUGUUACACGCGCUUUGCCGACCCUUUAAAAUACUGUACACUCCUUUUUGGAAGAACCGCAUACUCAAGAAAAACAUCCGCUGACUUAUUGACUAGUGGCUCUGUAAACCUCACGAAACAUAUCGGUGGCAAAUAAGCAUACGACCUGUCUGAUGGUAACCGGUCAUCGUAGCCCACAGAAAUAAAUAUACCAUUGAAGACGCAAAUGCAUCUACUUCGCGUGUACGAACCCCGACCAAGCGUCGAGGUUGACCGUCGCUCUUUACAGUCCACGCGCGUCAGUUGUUGCAGUCGGACGUCCGUGAAAACUUAAAAAAUGCUUCGUUGCGUUAUAAUUAACUGCAACAGCCCAAAAAUUGCGAGCACCCAAAGGCAAAAACAUAUUUCCUAUCACAGAUUUAAUAUAUACGCUAGAUGACGCAAAUACCGAUAUAUAAAUAUUUAUAAAUGCUUAAAUACAUAGAAAACAUAUACCUAGGAAGAAAUAUCCAUGCUCAUUACACAAAUAAAUGCCCUUACUAAGAUUCGAACCCGAGACCAUCGGCUUUGCCUCUUCAAGUAUUGCCAGACUUGCCCAGAUCCUAUCUACCUAUCUUUCCAAAGUUAUAUGUGGUAUUUUCUAUAUAAAGGGACCUUGUUGUCAAUAGCGCUUACGCCAUUAUUAACGAUGCUCCGAUAUAAAUACAAUACCGCGCGACGCUGUGCGGCGUAAGCGCCAUCGACAAUAAGGUCCCUUUUCAGAGAAAAUGCCCCAUAUGUUAUGUGAUUAAGUGAUUGUAAUCUAUGUAACGUGGAAAAAGUGACUGAAAUAAAAAAAUAUAUACUUAAGGACUCAUUGAAAAUUGACAUAGUAUUUAAGGAUGUAAGUAUAUUAAGUUUUUUUUUUGUUUUUGUGAUAAAGAUAACAGAAAUGUAUAUUAUGAAAGCAAUUGUGGUUUGGACGCAUAGACAUAGUAUAGUAGUUAUAGACAUGAAACCGAGCGACCAGGGGUAAGAGAAAGACAUAUUCAUGUAUUGACAGGUUAAUGUGUGGCAGAAUAAUCCUUUUUCUCUUUCACUCUUAUAAAUUUCGUUAUUUCACCAUCGCCUCCUACCUAUGCUGCCAUAACCCGACCAUGAAAAAAAACCUGGUCGGUUAUAAGGACAAAGCGUGGCACUAUUUUCUCUUUCCUCUUAUAGGAAUCGCAAUAAGACUAUCUUUCUCUAUCAAAGAGUGUCAGGCCCUUGUUUGGACGUAAUUUAGCGAAAAUGGAUCCUUUUCGAGUCAUUCAAAUGAAUGACUUUUCUUUUUGACAGAGUGUUAACUAUUAUUAAAUUGUAAAACGGGACUUAAUUGCGUAUUUAAGUUUUAAGAUUUACCUCUGACGUUUCGAGGACGGCGUUGUCCCCGUGGUCUCGGAGAAGACUGGCUAAAGUUGACAUCAACAUCUAGCCGCGCGUGUCUUUCAAACUACCCGCACUUUGUCUUGUUUAUCAGCUUGAACGUUUUUCGCACUAGAGAUGUUACUCUGUCGACACACAACACUAACAAUAUUCGAUUUAUCGACUGUCGAUAUUCGUUUCCGCUUACAUUUACUAAUGACUGGAUUCCAUGUGGAUGAGAUCUUAAAACCCUCGUCCCGAUUGAAAUUGCAUGUUUUAUAGAGAGUUAAAAUUUUUAUAGACAUAUUUUUGUGAGUUUGAUCCUUUUCCCUAAAUUACGUUCGUUUCACUAAAAGGGAAGUAUGUACUAUGUAUUUUUUUCUGGAAACGUUUUUCUUAAGUGAUAUUAUCUGAAACCAAACUGUCUAAUCUAGAAGAUUUAAAUAUGAAUAACAGUUUUUACAGAACAUGGUGCUACUUUACCGCACUAGUGCGAUAAUUAGCACAUUACUGACAAUACGUAACUAUUUCGUGUAUAUUUAAAUUGCCGUUAUAAAACGUUGUACAUACGAUACAUGUGCGAAUAGGGAAUUUGCAACUCGUGUCGAUUUAAAACACUCCAUUCGGUCGUGUUUUAAUUUAUUGCCAAUUCGCCACUUGUUUCGAAUUUCCUAUUUUUCGCACUUGUAUCGUAAUGUAAUAUUAAAGUAUUGUUAAUUUCAUAUAAUUUCAACUAAGGCUUAGAAUUCAUUGCGAUUAACUUCUUGCUGUUUCAGUCUUGCGAGUGCGUGCGCUUAUGAAGCAUGCCGUAUUUUUUUUUUAUUUUUUUUUUAUUACAAAAAGGCAAGCACUUGACCGCAAUCUCACCUGAUGGUAAGUGCCGAUGCAGUCUAGGAUGGAUCAUGCUUACUUAAAAGAUGUCUAUUCACUCUUGCAUUUUUGCGGUUAUUGCACUUUUUGCGGUUCUGAAACCGCAAGAAAUUAAUCGCAGUGCGUUCUAAGUCUAACGUAAUCACAGUGCGUUCUAAGCCUUAAGUAAUCUGUAUUAAGCCAACCUCCCUAAUAUCGGCCAAUAUAGUGAAAAACAAAAAUAUGCGAGAGUUUUACCAAUUUUAAUACAGGAAGCCUAUUUGAUCGUACAUUCUGAUAUCAAAAGGUAGAGGCGCACUUGUCCCGACUUACCUUUACAUAAUAAAUAGUAUAUUACCAUAGAGUUAUUAUUACUAUAGAGAAGCCAUACCAAACGAGAGCCACGACAAACAAGGCCACAUGUAAUUGUUAGCCGAGGCGAAGCCGAGGUCGAUAAACAUGUGAUCUGAAUUUUUCUGUUUGAUGGAGCCGGAAAGCGGCAACUUCGUUUAGUACAACGGGCCGAAAGUUGACGGUUUCCGCACAGAGAGCUAAAAAAAGUGUGUCCGUGUAAUCUUUACGCGCGUUUGAUGUAAAACUUCUUUGACGUUUAUCGCCAUGUUGGCACUUCGACUUGUGUCCUAUUGUGCGUGUGUCACUACUGAGCGUUACUUCCGUCAGAAAAAAAUCUGCGUUACCCUCUAGUCGCGCCUACGGAAGUUUUACUUCAAGUCGCGCGUAAAGAAGUUUAAAGGGACCCACUGACUAUCCGUCCGCCGGACGAUAUCGGCCUGUCAGUUAGAACAAAAAUUUUAAAGCUCCGAACAACUGACAGGGCCGAUAUAUAUUACAGUUAUUACUUUCUAUAGUUUUUAUUGGUUUUUCUGGACGCCCCUUUUUUCUAUUUUCAUUCCUAUAGAAGUUUACAUUCUUCACGGACUGGAUCAAGUUCUGAUACUGAAAUUAUGCUCUCACAACCUUGAUGCUGGCAAAAUUGUCCCAAUGGACAGAUGCAAUAAGAACCAAGAACUGAACUGAACUGGACUGAUAGUCAGUGGGCCCCUUUACUUCAAAAAUAAUAAUUUGGAUUUCAUUGUAAUACACGUACCACGUACGUAAACGUUAAGUAUUAUGUGACAAGCUGUUUAGUUAUAAACGCGAAAUUUAACUGCCGACACUUCAGUAAACAUAAUGUAAAUAUUGAUUAAUAUCAGUGUACAUUUUUCGUUUUCAUUAAACAAAACUAUG